CGUCGGGGGGUCGGGCGGAACGAUGGCGGAGAGGAUGUCGACGAACCAGCCAAACCAACGGGGCGUUGAACCCAAAGCGCGCGGUGCAAACAGGUCUACGAAGGUCGCCGGCAAGCUCAAAGUACUACCAGAACAACCAGAACCUAUCCUCCCGAAAGACAACAUCCGCGCUGAGCCACCUGUUAGUGCUCCGCCAAGGCGAGACGAGGGCGAAGAGUCGGCUACUGCGGGAGAUAGCGAGGAUGAAGAUGGUGACGACGAGAUUGAUACCGAGGACGUUGAGGUGUACAACAGGAUAGAUCUUAUACCUGCUGGGACGGCGAGGCGAGAUGCUCUGCGUUUGACCAAGAAGAAAGCAAAAUCGUUACCACGUGUAACAGCGUUUGCCACGGCAUCCUCAUACCGUUUCCCCGAACUCAUGCGCUUCUUCAACGCUCGAAGAUCCACGUACCACACCAACCCCCGCAUUAUAGACGACGUGAUCUAUACGCCAUACGCCUAUGAUUUGCCGAACUCGCGGCAUGUCCAUUUCUCGUCCUCGCAAUCGCAGCCCACGGACCGGCCUGCUCAGCCCCGAGAAGGUGACCUUUUAGGCGUGCCCGAGUUUGCACCUGGAGAGUCGCACACUGACGAUACACAUGCCGCCGACCCUGACUCGGGUGCUGAAGCCGUCGCUAAGCGGAAGAGGAAGAAGAGCAAGUUUAAGGAAGUCCCGACCGAGGCUGAGAUAUUCAUGUUCCCAUACGGUACUGUGGUCAUUUGGGGGAUGACGGAGGCCGAAGAGAAGCGAUUCUUAUCGUCUAUCAAGCGCUUCGAGGUCGAUAAGCUAGCCCCCGAAGCAAUUGAGAUGGAAGAUCUCAACUAUUAUCAUGCGAACUAUUCCCGAAUAUACAAUGAUGUCAUCACUCUUCGUAGAGGCUCAAUUUAUAUGACUAAGCUGUCGCUGUCACACGCGCUGGCCCAAUCAGUGAAGAUCUCCUUGUUUGAGGAACUCAUCUCUUCCACAAUUGAAGAGACGAAGGAUAUCCCUGAGAUAAUCAGUGAGACGGGCAAGAUUGGCAUGCCUCAUAAAGAGAUCAUGCGUAAGAUCGGCGAGCUAUUCCUCUUGCGAACAAAUAUCAACUCUGUCGGCUCCGUGUUGGAUUCUCCCGAAGUCUUCUGGACGUACCCUGAUCUGCAACCCUUGUACGAUGCCGCGCGCAGCUACCUCGAGAUACCCCAGCGCAUCAACCUCCUCAACACUCGUGUUGAGGUUUUACAGGAUAUGCUCCAGCUGCUCAAAGAAACUGUAUCCAGUCGGCAUGCAGAGCGGCUCGAGACGAUUGUCAUCUGGCUCAUCGUCGUCGAAAUUGGCCUCGGGAUCAUCACCAUCCUUGUUGAUUUGUUCUCCUAAGCACUUUAGACGCAACUUGGACUUAUAUACCAUGUCGUUAUGUAUCAUCUCUAUAUACUGGUAUUUUUGUAAUACUGUAGAGCUUGUUUCGUGGGG